GGCUGUCACAUGACUGGUUUCACCUGGCGCCGGCAUUUCAGUGGUUUAGCUAGUAUUUCCCCCUUUUAUCUCUCUCACACUCUCUCUCUCUCUCUCUUUCUUCUCUUUAGCUUAGUAUUCUCAAUACAUGGGAUUCUCGGAACUUUGAGCCCUUUUGACCAUUGCCUUGAUCCCGCCGUCACACUGCGUGCUUGAUAUAUCGCAUUGUGAUAAAUCAUGGACCAGUUCAAGGGAGCACUAUCUCAUCGACCACUCCUCGGAGACGAAAUUCGCCUGCUGAUCCUUCCGCCGGGUGCCUUCAACGACCCUAUCUGUUGCAGGCUCAAGCACGUCUCACUGAGUGAGUGCAUGCCCCGUCUACGAAGCUCUAUCAUACGUUUGGGGUGAUGCCACCCAAACAUCCCCCAUGACACUCAAUGGUGCCUCGUAUCCCAUCACCAAAAACUUGGAAUCUGCGAUUCGGCAUUUGCGACGCAGAGAAGGGUCGAGGACACUUUGGGUUGAUGCGGUUGGCAUUAACCAGCUUGACCUAGACGAACGAAGUUCCCAGGUCCUGCGGAUGAAGGAUAUAUAUGAGCAGGCUACGCGAGUGGUUAUUUGGAUUGGGGAACGAGUUUUCUGGCAAAUAGCUAAGGGAGAGUACGACCAAGAAGUCAGAGAGGAACUUGGUAAAACAUUCUUCAAAGAGAUUUCUCUUGUGGAUGCCUUGCUGCGCCGCCCGUGGUUCACGAGAACAUGGGUAAUACAAGAAGCAGUAGUGUGCAUGACGCCAGAGGAUUACAUAGCCGGGCCUAACCACCCCAUUAUCGUUUGUGGCCAGUCUUCAAUCCCACUCUCCAACCUUGCAAUUCCGACAACACAGUUUGAUACGCUACCGGUUGUCUCCAAAGGAAAUCCUGCCGGCAUUAUUUGGAUAUUUGAACUGCGCCGCCUUCGGCACGAGAUCAUCACGGGAAAGACUCGUCUCACUCCUAUAGAGCAAUUAUCCCUAUUCCUAGCGAAGGGUUCUGCAGGGUUUGAAGCCACGGAUGCACGAGACAAGAUAUAUGCAUUUCUAGGCCUCUUACCACCUGAAAGUCUCCCACCUCAUCUACAACCAAACUACACCUAUAGCGCAGACAAAGUUUUCUGGGACUACGCGACAUACAUCCUGAAAGAGACGAGAUAUUUGGAAAUUCUAGCAUGUUGCUCCAGCUCCAGGCCAGGGCUUCCCUCUUGGGUGCCAGACUGGAAGUACGGUCUUCCUGUCGCCGAUAUCCAUUUGGGCAAGGCUUCCUACUUGAGGUUUCUGGAAGACAACAGCAAAAUUGAGGUAGAAUGCACAAUUCUCUGCCGUAUCGUGCUAGUAACUAGGCCAAUAUACCUCCCCGUUGAAUUCCCCCAAUACUUAACGCUCGAAUUCGAAUCCGAGGAAUCCGUCCAUCUCGAUACCCCAUCCAAAGAAUCCAUCGUGACAAUCGUGCAGGCUGUCGUGAAGGUAUCCUACUAUCUUCUGGCUAUCGAAACGAAGAUAUUUGGCUGUAAGGCAUUAGACGCGGGCUUGGAAGCCUCAUACCUGCGGAGCUGGAUGUUUGUCAUUGGUCUCGACGAACAAGUUUACAGGACAUUGAUGAAUAUUCGGCAGUAUGACGGCGAUUUGGACAUGCUACAGAAAUUAUGCGGCGGCUGCGCUAUGAUCAAGGAGAACCUUCAGUACGCCGUGUACAAAGACGAUCACGGUAAUUUUGGAAGGACAGGCCAUGGUGUAUUGCCGGAGCUGGGCGACAUGAUUUGUUAUAUCAAGGGUGCUGCGUUCAGAUUUAUCUUACGACCAGAGGACAGCGAAUGGCGGCUUGUGGGCACUGCUCCGGGUGAGCUGCCCUUAUCACAAGCGGGAGUAGAACCGGAGGAUCUCAAGGGCGUAAAUGAUCCUAAGAUAUUGGAUCAUUAUGAGAAAACCAAAGAGCUAGGAAAAUUUGAGGAUCUCAGGAUGAUGGAGGAUUACUGGGAAGCUAACAAGUCAAAGACCAGACGGAUUGUCCUUCAUUAGGGUGGAAAAUGCUAUCUAGCUUUACAAACAACUUUUCUC